GUGGUGUCAGGAGGGGGCGGAGCUGCUGUUACUGCGUUCAGGGAAAAAAAAAGAGAAAGGAAAGCAGCAGAGGAGAGGGAGCAGCCCGGACCUUGCUGUCGCCGCCGCCGCCUAGGGAGUGUGUUCCGGUGCUGGAGACGUCAGUGGUGUUGGCCCCUGGAUACGGAGGGGCGGCUGUCGCAGCGCCGUGUGACCCGUACAGCAGGACGGACACGGGACAGGGGAGAGCAGCUGUGCGUUGGGCUGCCCCGGGGCUCGGGAGCCAUGUUGUGUGCAAAUUCCGGUGAUGUGUCGGGGUCAUGACACUACAGCGCCAGUACACCUAGCGGCCCGGGAUACGGAGCAGCAGCAGCUCGGAGCUGGUUCCACAGACACCGGAAGAUCCCCGUUAACAUCUCUGUAUCCGGCCUGCGCCGCAUCCCCGUGUGUGACCAGCAACAUCCGCUGCACUCAUGGCCCUCACCGGCGAUCUGCCCCUGUCGGACCUGCAUGAAGGUACGAUGGACGAUGUCACAGAAAACUUGCCGCAGCGCACAUGGUUUCCUUAUCAACGUGGCUCCUUAUUUUGCACUUGCUGCACAACUGAGAACUGCUGGUUUCACUACGCUGUUCUCCUUCUUUAACUGAAACAUGAAAAAGUUUAAGAGAAGGCUCUCGCUCACUUUACGAGGCAGCCAGACAAUAGAUGAGUCUCUAUCUGAACUGGCAGAACAAAUGACUAUUGAGGAAAACAGCAGCAAGGACAACGAACCUAUUGUGAAGAAUGGCAGGCCUCCAACGUCUCAUAGUAUGCACUCCUUCCUCCAUCAAUAUACAGGAUCCUUUAAGAAGCCACCACUGAGAAGACCGCACAGUGUUAUAGGUGGAAGCCUCGGCUCAUUCAUGGCAAUGCCUAGAAAUGGAAGCAGACUAGAUAUUGUGCAUGAGAAUCUAAAAAUGGGAUCAGACGGUGAAAGUGACCAAGCAUCAGGAACCUCAUCAGAUGAGGUCCAGUCCCCCACAGGUGUUUGCCUCAGAAAUCGAAUACACAGGAGAAUUUCAAUGGAGGACUUAAAUAAACGGCUCUCGCUUCCGGCUGACAUUAGGAUACCUGAUGGGUAUUUGGAGAAACUGCAGAUUAACAGUCCACCUUUUGAUCAACCCAUGAGCCGACGAUCUCGAAGAGCAUCACUGUCAGAAAUUGGCUUUGGGAAGAUGGAAACGUACGUCAAAUUGGAGAAGCUUGGAGAGGGCACAUAUGCCACAGUAUUUAAAGGAAGAAGUAAACUGACUGAAAACCUUGUAGCGCUGAAAGAAAUCCGAUUGGAACAUGAAGAAGGAGCGCCAUGCACAGCUAUUAGAGAAGUAUCAUUAUUAAAGGACCUGAAGCACGCAAACAUUGUCACCUUGCAUGACAUUGUUCACACAGACAAAUCAUUGACACUUGUCUUUGAAUAUCUGGACAAAGAUUUGAAGCAAUAUAUGGAUGACUGUGGCAAUAUUAUGAGCAUACACAAUGUAAAGAUAUUUUUGUAUCAAAUUUUAAGGGGCUUAGCUUACUGUCACAAGAGGAAAGUGCUUCAUCGAGACUUAAAGCCACAGAACUUGCUCAUCAAUGAGAAGGGGGAGUUGAAAUUAGCAGAUUUUGGCUUGGCAAGAGCAAAGUCUGUUCCUACGAAAACCUAUUCCAAUGAGGUUGUCACAUUAUGGUACAGGCCUCCAGAUGUGCUCCUAGGGUCUUCUGAAUAUUCUACACAGAUUGAUAUGUGGGGUGUUGGCUGCAUAUUUUUUGAAAUGGCUUCAGGAAGACCUCUCUUUCCUGGCUCCACUGUAGAAGAUGAGCUGCACUUAAUUUUCAGACUUCUAGGCACUCCAUCUGAAGAAACCUGGCCAGGAGUUACUUCAAAUGAUGAAUUUCGAAACUACAAUUUUCCCAAGUACAAGCCUCCGCCUCUUAUCAAUCAUGCACCAAGGCUAGACUCUGAAGGAAUUGAGUUGUUAACAAGGUUUCUUCAGUAUGAGUCUAAAAAGAGGAUUUCAGCAGAAGAUGCUAUGAAGCAUGCCUAUUUCAGAAGUCUCGGAACAAAAAUCCAUAGUUUGCUAGAAAAUAUAUCAAUAUUCAGUCUUAAGGAUAUUCAGCUACAGAAAGAUCCCGGAUUUAGGAAUUCUUCCUAUCCAGAAGCGGGGCAUGGCAAGAACAGAAGACAAAGCAUGCUCUUUUAAGAUGUAUUUCCUAUCACAGUUUCAUACAAAUAUCAGAAGCUUCGGUGGCAACUUUUAAUUCUGGUGGACUAUGGUGAUUUGUCAUCACUGACAUGCCUACAGUGGAGAUGUUUUAUUUCAGGCCUGCAGAUUUCCUUUUUUGUUUUAUUUCUUUUUAAUAUUUGUUGUCACAGUGUGACAAAGUUUGUACAGUCCGUUUUGAGGUCUCCUUUGCUGUUAAAGCCAGUAGUUUACAGCUGUCAAUGUGACUAUAGCUGCAAUUCUCGUGCAGGACUGAGACACAAUGCGUUAUUUAUUGCCGAAUCAUUGCUGCUAAAUGACUACUGUCUGAAUAUUUACCAUAACAGUUGAAUGCCUGAAGAAGUUGCAGUGGCUUGAUAAUCUGUGAAUUCAUCACUGUUUUUGUUUUUUUUAUGCCCAACAUUUGUUUUAUGUUUUUCCUUUUUUGUUUUAUUUUUAUUAUUAUUUUUUCUUAGUUUAUUUUUAUUAAACUCUUAUUAUUUCCAUAAAGGCUAUUUUGAAUUUGCUUGCCCUUGGUUAGUGGACCAUGUUUGAUGUUUUAAUUGAACUUAAUGAUUCUUCCAAUCUUAAAAUUAUAGAACUAUAAUUAUUAGCAAUUUUUGAUAAUCACAUGACAAAAGACAAGGCAAUAAUUUCCAAGCUUUGAGGUAGUAGAUAAUCAGGUCACCAGUGAACCAUUAAGAUUUUAGUCGUGAAGAGGUAGGUUAUGAUCCCAAUUUUCUUUUUCAAGUAGUAAUCUUUUUCUAUAAGUACCACAGCGUGCCUCUAGCACUAACAGAAAAAGCAGAGAAAGGAACACAAACACACUUAGCAUGUAAUAGUCUUUGUUUCUUACAGAACAUUUCUAUGCUACUAAUCUAACAAUUCUGUUAUAACCUUUUCCUUUAAAACCAAUAUAGAUUUCAUCAUGUAGCUAAGCAGGUUAGUUCUGCUUCCUGUGACAGGCAAUGCAAGGGGAUCCUGAAUAAACCAGCGCUGGUAGCUAUGAGCCUUUUGAAGCCCUACAAAGGUUUUCAUCUUGGGGGUCACGGCCUCUCUAACCAUCUCCAUAGAUACUCUAAAAUAGGUUUUAUAGUAUUCAGUUAUAUCCUGUCCUGAUUCAUUAAUAUACUUGCGCAACGCUGGACAAGCCUUUUUUUUUUUUUUCAGGGGACGUAAAAUAAAUCUUCCCUACAAAAGUGUUACUGUUAUUCUGAAGAACAAUAAGUAUUGGGGGUAACAUUGAGUGAAGAAUGAAAUCUUAAGAUUCUAAUUGUGUAAAACGUUUUGACCCCUCACUAACUGAUGCCCAACUGCACUCGUAUAUAAAUGGUAAUGACAAAUUGUGCAGAUUGCCUGUCUUCAACAGUUGUUCUGCAUCCAUUUAAUUCUUGGUAAAAUCACUAAUGUGCUUUUGUACAUUUCAUGAAAGCAACAUCAAUAAAAUGCAUUAUAAUAAUUACAAGGCAUAGGACUCCAACUGAAAACAUAAGUCUGAUCCCCUGUGGUGUAAGGUUUGAUAUUUUGGAACACUUACAACUACAGUCUUGAGCUAUACCCAGUGCAAUACAAUAUUUAAAACUAGUUUGGUUAAUACAGUUGUUUUGCAAGCCACAAUUGUAUACAUAUUUUUUGUUUUAACAAUUUUGUUUGUCACAAUCGCUCAUGGGAGGGUUGUUUUAUUGGUAGAUUUAUGUAAUAUUAUACAGUAUACACAGCAUACUCCUUUCACAUUUAUUAUUUUAUCUUUGACCUUUGUGCAUUUUCCUUCUUUUUUUUUUUUUUGAGAGCUUAAACCUAACCAACAGUGUCAGUGGUGAAACCCCCCACACUUACACACGCAAGUGCUCGGCUGUCUUGGGAAAUUGUUCUGUGAAACAUAACAUCAACUUAUCUUUUGUUUAGGGUCCUAAAACUUAUUAUCUUUACAAAAAGAAACAUAAUGAUGUCCAGAAACCUAGACCCAUUAAUAAGGCUUAAAACAAGGCUGUAAUUUACUGUUUGUGUUCCAUCAUGUUUGUAGUGCAUGGACACAUGCUGUAAGUAGUAGCAUUCAGAAGGAUUAAAUUGGCCCCAAAUGAGAGAUAUUACUUGGUUUGCCUUGCCCUGCAGCACAGACGCACUUGGUUCAGCACUGAACACGCUCCCUAAAGACAGUGGAACAGAAUUACCCCAGUCUAUGUAAUGACUACAGGAGUAAUGGCUGUGGUUUUCUAGCCAGGAAGUGUCCAUGGGAAUUAGUACAGGCAUACAUAACCUUCUGCAGUCACGCUCUUGUGGAAUUACUGCUUUUUGAUCUAGAAGCACAAAUAUUUAAUAAUUAAGGUUUCUCAAAGUCAUUAGUUUUGUUUCUCUGCAAAUGUAUUGACCUGGGCAUUGGCAGUUAAAGGGUUUAUUUAAAGUACUUUUCCUGCUGGCUAGAGUAUUUCUGAAGUAUUGCGCUUAUCCGUAUGAGUUUAGGAAGACAUAUUUUUCAUUCCUUUUUUAUGUUUUUAUUCUUUAGAUGGUCAUAAAUCUAGCUGGUGGAUCCUGAAUGAAUUGUAAUGGCUUUUGUUUAAUCCAUCAUUCACUGUAAAUCAUUCAGGGUCAUGCCGUUUCUGCUGAGGUAAAAAAAAGAAACUAGUAGGAUAUUACAGUAUUAUGUGACUUUUUCCCCAUCUCUUUUUUUUAUUUUAUUUGUGAAUAGUGAUUGUGGAACACGUGGGUUGUUUCAUUCAUAUAACCAAUAUAUAUAGAUGGGAGUUGUUUUGUUUUUUUAUUAGAAUUAUUACAAUUUUGUUAGAAAAGGCAAGUACAUGUUCAAUAGUGAAUGUUGGACCACUACUACUUUUCAUAAUUUGUAAAUGGGUUUAAUUUAAAGAAGAAGAAUCCGUACCGCUAACAAACUGCUGUUUAUUUGAAACUGACAAGCCUGUAUUAAUAUUGUACUUUUUGAAGUAUAAAUAUUAUGUGAAAUACAAUAGUCUGUUUUGCAUCUCAUGGAAAAAGAUUUUCCUUUGUUGUAAGGCACUUUCCUUUCAUCAAAACUUCUUGUACAACACGGGAACAUGUGUAAAAUUUUGUUUUAUUCUCCCCAUCCCCCGGUGCUGAUUUCUACGGUGUUUUAUAAAACUGUCCAAGUUAAAAAAUAAAUAAACUGGUUCUUUAAAAUUUU